AGGCUAUUUUAUGACCAACAAGAUGUGUUUGUUGUUUUUUAAAGUAACUUCUAGACAGUCAUGUGUACCUUGGUGUACACUGCGAAUUUUAAAGGACCAGCACAAAUCAGAAGGGACGUCAAUCUCACCGCGCAGAUGGAUCAUCUGAGUCUGCCUCUUGAGUGGCAUAUUAUUUACAGUUUAAUAAAAGAUAUCUCAGAAGAAAGGGAUGCAGCUAAAGCAGAAGCAGCAGCAAAUAAUGAAAACUGAAAGAAGUGUCAGCUGACUGUAAGACAGCCACGGCUAUGACAGAUACAGGUCUUAUUUUGAUCCAAACAGAAGGGAAAAAUGGCUCCAGAUAUCGAGGGCUCCUCCUUCCUUAAUAAAUCUGUGCCACUUUUGAUAGCUGCUGUGAGCACAUAUUGCCAGGCAGAGCUGCAGAUCCUGGAAGCUGCAGAAGAAUGGCUGCCUUGCACACUGACAGCUUAUUAACUGGAACAUCAUCCCGUAAAAUAGCUGGCGACCAAAGUCACCACAAACUGACAGCCUCUAACUUACUCAGGAGGGUAUGGACUUCAGCUCCUCCUGUCUUUUCUAGGCAGACUUCUUUCCCCAGAGAACACCUUUAGCCUGAGGGAGAUGACAUUACUAUUAUUUAUAUUUAUCACUGAUUUGUAUGGCCCUCACAUCCAAGAACCUGUUGGUGAACCUGCAACAAUACCGCUCCAUUCAGAGGAGAAAUACAGUGUCUCAAGUGAGGGUUAGGCACUAAUGAAAGUGCAAGGAUGUGUACAGCACAGAUACCUGCUGUGAAGGGAAUCAGAUGAAGCUUCCUCUUUAUAAUUCACAACACCUAAGGCAGACCUUGCUCAUUGUAACCCAUAAGUCACAAGAGAGGAUGAUGAGGUGCUGAAGCCUGACUGGCUGUGAUCCUUGCAGUUUGCUAGGUCAUUAUACCGAGUAUUCCUUCCCAAAGGUUUGCUACAGAGCUCAAUAAGUAACAUUUCUUCUGCAUGCUUGUAUAUUUUGGCUGCUAUUGCCCUACCAUGAAUCUGCCCAGACUGUGGCCUUAUCUGUUUGUGACAUUUCUGGAUCGUUCGCAAAUGUUCAAACUCAGUAAAAGGGAAAACUGAAGGGUGACAGAGAUGGGACAGAAGCACUGUGCAGAGGAGGAAGGGACCAAGAGGUUCCCCCAUUCCUCAGAGGCAAUCAUGUGUAGUAAAAUUUCUUGCAACUAAUAGCUCUGUAUAAUAAAUUGCAGUGGAAAGUCAGUCUUUGGAAGCGAACCUUAAAUAAUAUUGCCAAAAACUUCAUAACAAAGUCUUCCAACUUUCCAAAAUAUGAUGGAAAAUAGCCUCCUGGGUCAGCAAGUUCAACUGCAAAGCCCUUCCCGGGACUGCAACCACAAACACAGCAAGGCAGAUCGGUUCCAGCAGAGGCUGCUGGGAUCAGAAGCAGCCAAGAAAGACGCUGCAGCAAACAGCCCUCAUUUUACACCCGGUGCUGGCCGCAGAGGGGAUGUGAACCACUACUGGGCACGGCCACUAUGGCCCAGGUGCAGCUCAACGCUUGGCUGGUGCUGUGUGUGUUCGCUGGAUCCCAGAGGCUGACAGAUGAACAUCCUCGCAGCAGGGAUGGUGCCAGCACCAACACACCCCGUCGCGGCCCAGAGGACACCGACAUCAUGUUAGAGAUGCUCUGGGGGAGGCUGGACAUCGAGGCCAAUGGGACCAUGAGGCUGCGGGACGAGGAGCUGGCCUCCCUGCGCCCAGCGCAGCGGUUCAUGCAGAUCUUAGAGAACGAAGUUCCCAAAACACCGAUGGAGAUCGAGCAGCUACUGAGAUACUAUUCACUGACCGAUACCCCUUUGCCUCCCGGAGAGUAUGACCGUCUGAUUUUCACCAGUGUUUACUGUGCCUAUCAGAUUCGCUCCAUUCAGGGUCUGGAUAAAAAUCUCUGGAUCCAUUUUUUCUCCCAGCUAGUUGAUGAAAUCUUUCGUGAUCUGUGCAAGGGGCUGUGCCCUGCAAAUUCCACUCUCCUUAUGGCUUCCUGGCCCUGGAAGGAGAAACCUUCACAUUUCGCAUCACUGAAACAGUUCUAUCAUUCUAACCUGGCCAGGACCAAGAGAGACACUUAAAAAGGGGAAGUGCCAUGGGAAAGGACACAUCUGACUUCAGCUGUGUCCUUGUUUGUUUUGAAUGCUGGCAAUCUUUCCUCAGUAUUCAGGACUUUGUAGAAAUAUGCCACACACCUUUUUGUACUGCUUUCUGCAUUGUGCUGGCAACCUUCUAAGGAUUUAUACACAGAUUUUUAAUUUUUAUAUGAACCAGGACAAAACUAAAAAGUGCAUCUCACCCUUUUCUCUCUCUCUCUCUUUUUAAGUGGGCUGAGCUGAAGUGGGCAGUGCUAUUUAGAUGUGUUAUCUGCCUUGAUCACUGAUGCUUUCUAGGGAGAUGUCCUGGCAGCUUUUUUCCAGGAUGUUACACUGGUGUCCUAGUUGAAUUCAUCUUGAAUAAUUCAGUUCAGCCUCAUAUUCCUUCUGUGGUUUCAGCCAAACGCAGUCUCGUUUCUCCUCUCCAGUAAUCAGCGAAGCAGAUGCGGCUGUGUUUCACAAUAGAGGUGGUGUAUUUAAUUUCAGCUUGCUGGUUAUGCAGCAUCACACUUGAUGUGUCCACAGUAAUUUCCCACCUCACGUGUUCAUUAAAGAUCAACCUGAAGAUGUAUGUAUUCCAGGAAGCUUCCUCGUAUUCACGUAUCAUAUUUAUGUAUGUACACUGCUUUGUGUUAGCUAUUAGUUUGGAAUACAAUUCCUUACGUCUCAUUUAAAUUCCUAAGGAUCGUGACCUAGUUAUUUGUUCAGCAGAUUUUACCUCUUCUGAAGUUUUUUUUUCAUACAACUAUGGCACUUUAAAGACAAACCUAACAAAUACACAAUCUCUAUUCUUAAAAUCAGAAAUAUAAUUAUUUUAUAGAAGUAGAUCAUUAAUCUUUUUUUUUCUAUCUUACAUGCUGCUGUCUGGAAUUAAAUAAAUAUAAUUAUCUGUA